CUGAAACAAGUGUAGAGCUAAACAAAUCAACAAGAAUAAUGGAAAAGACACUAGAGAGAUCUAUGGAUGAAACGUUCCGAGUCCCUGGUGUCGCAGGAGUAUUAUGUGCUGAUGAACACGGUCUUUGUCUAUCAUCCAAGGGGAUUGCCCAGAGGGAAGCUGCUGGACAGUUAGCCAGUCUUGCCAGACAAGCACAGCAGUUGCAUCCUGUUAAUCCCAGCCCGGUUAUAGCUAUAGAGGCAGAUGGAGGAACUAUUUUGAUAAAAAGUGAAUCUGAUGUGACCAUGGCUGUUUACAAGUCACCAGUGUCAUGACAGAUUAGAAUACAAAGAUAUAUAUACCAUAAUUUUCUGGGAGAGAGAGAAAGAAGUGCACAGACAUAUUUUAAUCUACAGCCACUUUCUGGACUAAGUUUGCUUGAUGAGAGCGUAUACAUUUGUCAGUUGUGGGUAGAGUGCAAUUUUGAAAUCCUCUAUGGAGAAAAACUUUGAUGAUGAUAUGUAAUUGACACUUGGGUUUUCAAUCAUAAAAAAAUACAAUGUUGAAAAUAUAGUGUGAUAUGUCAUGUACAUGUUGCAUUUAUGAAAUAUCAUAACCAAUAUUGAAAAUACAUUAAUAAAAUUAAUGAGACAUUU